AUGGAGGAACAGAAUUCAGAAAUCACCUUUUUUGGACUCACCUUUCGAACUGUGGCAUCGGUUAUCAAAUGUCUUGCCCUUAUACACCAGCUCAAAAUGGCUGUGCCGAGCACAAAGUCAUUUAACGGAAAGUGGUCUGGCAUGCAGUUUUUGAUAAACUUAAUUACCCUUUUCAGGGACGCAAAUGAUAACCCUACUAUCCCCAUCGUACAUGGUUCUCCUCAUGCCUCUGAGCCAUUGCUGCCAGUCCCUCUCCUACCACUGAGGCUUGCGGGGGGUAAUACGGUUAUGGAAGAAACCCCAAGAUUCUCAAGUCAUAGCAACUAG